AAAUUUUUUAUUUUAUUUGUAGAGGACACUCGCGCUGUCUCGACAUAACCUAUUUUUUAUUUAUUUACUAGAAAUAUAUGAAUAUAUAUACCGUAUUAACAAAAAUAAAAUUACGUCGGUCAUAUUUAUAAUUAAAAAAAAAAAUAGAAUUAAAAUACAAACAAAAGUUUAUUUUUAAAAGUGAAAAAAAUUUCAUCAAUAUUUAAAAUUAUUUUUUGUAAAUAACGAAGUCAAAAUAUCACGGAUAUUUUAAAUAUAACAAUUAAGUUAACCUAUAUAAAUAUAUAAAAAUAUACAAAAAUGAGCAAGUACAGAAAUAAAAAAGAAUCAUCUUCUGAUGAAAGUGACAAGGAGGAGGAGAGCCGUAAGAAAGACAUCAAGGAACGUGAUGAGUUUGCAGAACGUCUUCUUCGAAAAGAUGAAGCGAAAACGCGUAAAAUCGCAAUGCCCGCGGGGUCAGCCGCUGAAGCGGCGAAAAGAUUGAAGCUGAUAGAGACUGAUGCUCGGGACAAGCUUCUGCCAAAGCUUAGGGUCGAGUCACGUAGGCAGUACUUGGAGAAACGUAAAGGCGACAAAGUUGCUGAGCUAGAGGCUGACAUUAUUGAUGACGAGUAUCUUUUUGAUGAGGAAUCCCUGACUGAGCGGGAAAAGAGAGACAGAGAACACAAGAAGCAGUUACUUCAACUGGCGAUCGGGCAUGAGAAAGCUCGUGACCUUGAACGCGUCCAGCGUUACCAUAUGCCACUGGCUGAUAGAAAAGGUGAGAAAAAUGACCUGGAACCUGAUAUUACGGAAAAUGAAACGCCGCAGUCAGAGCAAAGCAAGUGGGAGUCCCAGCAGAUGAGCUCUGCCGUCUACAAGUUUGGCGCUAAAGACAAAAAACGUAAAGAAGAUCAUGAAUUACUUCUGGAAGACGAAAUUGAAUUUAUCCAGGCGCUUCAGAUGCCUGGUUCUGACAAAAUUAAAACAGAAGAUGAAGAAGGAGCAAGUCGUAUCGUCGAGAGCAAUAGAUUGCAAUCUAUCGAAGAGACACAAAAGAGUUUGCCUAUUUAUCCAUUCAAGAAGGAUCUUAUUGAAGCGAUUAAAGAACACCAGGUGCUAAUUAUUGAGGGAGAGACAGGGUCAGGGAAGACGACCCAGAUUCCUCAGUAUCUACACGAAGCGGGAUUUACUAAAGGUGAUAAAAUGAUUGGCUGCACACAGCCGAGACGUGUCGCCGCGAUGUCUGUGGCCACGAGAGUCGCUCAUGAGAUGGCCGUAAAACUCGGGAAUGAAGUUGGAUAUGCCAUUAGGUUCGAAGACUGCACAUCCCAGCGUACGAAGAUUAAAUACAUGACUGACGGUACGUUACACCGUGAAUUUCUGAGCGAUCCCAGUCUUGAAUCCUACAGCGUGAUAAUAAUCGACGAGGCUCAUGAACGUACGCUGCACACUGACAUUCUUUUUGGUCUCGUAAAAGAUAUUGCGCGUCAUCGUCCGGAUCUAAAGCUUCUUAUAUCAUCAGCAACUCUUGAUGCAACGAAAUUCAGUGAAUUUUUUGACGACGCCCCGAUAUUCCGUAUUCCUGGACGUCGUUACAAAGUUGAUAUUUAUUAUACAAAGGCUCCGGAAGCUGACUACGUUGACGCUUGUGUCGUUUCAAUUUUACAAAUACACGCGACCCAGCCACGAGGUGAUAUUUUAGUAUUUUUCACAGGUCAAGAUGACAUUGAGACGUGUCAAGAGAUGCUGCAGGAAAGGACAAUGCGAUUGAAAAUGAAUGAACUGAUAAUCUUACCAGUCUACGCAAAUUUACCUAGUGAUAUGCAGGUUAAAAUAUUCCAACCGACACCACCAAAUGCACGCAAAGUCGUGCUGGCUACAAAUAUCGCAGAGACCUCGCUGACAAUAGACAAUAUCAUUUAUGUUAUUGACGUUGGAUAUGCGAAACAAAAUCACUUUAACGCGCGCACGGGAAUGGAGAGUUUGAUAACAGUUCCCAUCAGUAAGGCGUCUGCGAAUCAGCGAGCUGGAAGAGCCGGCCGAGUUGCUCCCGGUAAAUGUUUCCGUCUGUACACCGCGUGGGCUUAUCAGCAUGAACUUGAAGACAAUACGAUACCUGAAAUACAGAGAAUCAAUCUCGGCAACGCUGUACUGACAUUGAAAGCUCUGGGUAUUGACGACCUGGUUCACUUUGAUUUUCUAGAUCCGCCUCCACAUGAGAUACUGGUCCUCGCACUUGAACAAUUGUACGCACUCGGAGCCAUCAAUCAUCGAGGACAACUCACUAAACUGGGUCGUAGGAUGGCCGAGUUUCCGCUGGAUCCGAUGAUGGCAAAGAUGCUGCUUGCGAGCGAGAAGUACAAGUGCUCUGAAGAAAUCGCCACGAUCGCUGCCAUGCUCUCAGUAACUGGAGCAAUUUUCUUCCGGCCUAAAGAUAAAAUUAUUUAUGCAGACACGGCGAAGAAAAAUUUUCACGUACCAGGAGGUGACCAUCUGACGCUACUCAACGUCUACAAUCAGUGGCAGCAAUCAGACUUCAGCACUCACUGGUGCUACGAAAACUUCAUUCAGUACAAAUCGAUGAAAAGAGCGCGCGAUGUACGGGAGCAACUUGUAGGACUGAUGCAACGCGUCGAAAUGGAUUUAAUUUCCGGGCUCACUGACACUGUCGCCAUUAGAAAAUCCAUCACCGCCGGUUAUUUUUAUCACGUCGCACGCUUAUCCAAGAGCGGUAAUUACAAAACAGUUAAACACAAUCAAACAGUAUCUAUUCACCCGAACAGUUCGUUGUUCCAAGAACUUCCCAGGUGGAUUGUCUAUCACGAACUUGUAGUCACCGCCAAGGAAUACAUGAGACAAGUAACUGAAAUUGAAAGCGCGUGGCUGGCAGAAGUCGCUCCCCAUUAUUACAAACCAAAAGAACUCGAAGACUCGACGAAUAAAAAAAUGCCUAAAGUUGCCGGGAGAUCUGCACCAGAUGGAACAUAAUUAAUUAAUUAAUUAAUUAUUAAUAUUAUUUUUGUAUUAAAAAAUAUAUAAAUACAUUUUGUACAUAUUAAUUAGAAAAAAAGUUAAUUAAAAAAAAUA